UUUGUAUGCCAAAAAUGUGAUUUUAACACAUCUUAUUUUAAACAUUAUCGACAACACUUGAAAUCACAUCCAGAAACUGAUCCCAGAUAUUUUGUGUGUGAAAAAUGCAGCUUCAAAACAACUAAAUCAAGAGAAUUUAAUGCCCACAAACAGAAACACAUGGUGGAAGAACUCAUUUGUUCAUUCUGUGAGCACCGGGCUGAGUCUGAAGUUGAAUUUAAUGAGCAUGCUAAAAAACAUGAAGGUGAUUGUCCAUAUUUCUGUUCUGAGUGUGAUUCAAGAUUCAAAACAAAAAAUCAGUUGUUUGCCCAUAAGCCAAAGCAUCAGCUUGAAAAACCUUUUGUCUGCGCCAUUUGUAAUUCUGGUUUUAAAUGGAAACAUGCAUUGAAAAAUCACAUGAUCACUCACAGUGCGACAAAAGACCACCUGUGUGACGUGUGUGGCUAUGCAACUGCCCACAAGUCUCAGUUGAAAGCUCAUAAACUCAUCCACACAGGUCUUAUGUUUAAAUGUCCCAUUCAGGGUUGUCAGUUUGAAGCUACAAAACGUCAGAACCUCAAGUACCAUAUGGUCACCCACACUCAUGAGAAGCCUCACCAAUGUGAUAUUUGCGGGCAGAGCUUCUCACUCAUUAAAAACAUGCGUCGGCACAUGCUUCUUCACACGGAUACACGUCCAUUUAGUUGUAAGAUUUGUUCUUUCUCCACCACUCGUUACGAUAAAUUGAAGGAGCACAACCAUAAGCUGCACAACAUUGGUGAAGCCCCAGUAACUAAAAGAGAAAUUACUGAUGAGACUGUCAGUUUACUGAACUCUAAUGUCACAUAUGUUUCUUCAGAGGGCAUAACUAUCAACAGUGAUGGAGGCAUCACAGAGGAAACUCUUCAAACUAUUGCACAGCUGGCUUCUGCACAGAAUCUUAGCAGCAUUGAUUUGCAAGGAACUACCAUUAACAUAGAGCAAACUGCAGAAGAUGGGACAGUUUACCCCAUCAUAGCAACUGUUCAAUCAUACACUGACAGUAGCGGGGAAAUCCAAUAUAUAGCAGAAAUCCCUGAUUAGUUCUGCUAUUAAUGACAGGUUUUGAAUAAAUAGUAUUUAUAUAUUAAUUUGAUAAAAUAACAUUUGGAUACAAGUCUAACAAGGGAG